AUGGUGGGCUUGGGGGUGGCUCAGGCUGCCCCGCGCUGGCACCCGCUGCUGCCGCUGGCGCUGGCGGGGCCGGUGGCAGCCGGGGACCCCGCGGUGGCCCGCAACGACCGGGCGGUGGCCGCGCUGCUGGGGCUGCUGCUGUGCCUGGCGCUGGGGCUGGCGCUGGCCUGGCACCACCUGUGCCGCCUCUCGGCCGGCCGCUACCACCCCCGGCCCCUGGGCCGCCGGGCGCUGCAGCUGCUGCGGGGACAGUGGCACCGGCUGCGCUCGCCGGGGGACCCCGCCGCCAGCCCCGGGGACAGCCACGGCGAGGUGGCCGUGCGCGACGAGGGGGAAGAGCUGAUGCCAUGGAGCCUGGAGCGGCGGCCGCAGCAGCAGGAGGAGGAGGAGGAGGAGCAGGAGGAGGAUGAGCAGGAGGAGGAUGAGAAGGAGGAGGAUGAGGAGGAGGCCGAGGCAGCGCCGGAGGGCGGGGAGAGCCCCCUGAGUGAGGGGCAGGCGGCGGGGGGCAGCGCCGAGGCCCUGCUCAGUGACCUGCACGCCUUCUCAGGGACAGCGGCCUGGGGGGACGCGCGGCCACACGUCACCGCCUUGUGA